AUGGCCGACAAAAGUGCACUGAGAACUAACCGACUAUCGGCUGAGUGCAAACCUGUCACCGUGAAUUCUGGUACAACAACACAUCUUUCCGGUGCUGGAAUGUCUAUUGAACAAAUGGUUCCGUAUGAGGCAUGGACAGACUUAUAUAUAGUGCCACCAUUGCCAUCUAAAGAACAGUUUUCAAUCCGAACUCUUUCUAUGGAAUCUCAAAAUGUUUGUUUCAAAAAUAUAACAUCAGAUACAUGUGUUCAAAUUACAAAGGCUACUACCAACACCACGUUCAUUUUUGGCACGGAUCCUGUUGCAGUUUCAUCAAGUUCUCGUGUGGGUGUUGUCCAGUACGAGUCGGUAAACGACAGACGCAACGGAAGAGAAGCAAUAAUGGUGGUCAUACCCGGGAUUAAGAACUACUUGAAUACGUUUAUAUUUGCAAUUCCGGAUAUACCGAACACUGAUCCUUACGUUGCGUGUAUUGUACCUUCGUCUGAGGCAAAUGGAAUUCUGCUUGAUGGAUCUUCGGUAUCGUUUGACACAACUGGAAGUGUCGCCACUUCCUUAGGGAACUAUACAGUGCUUAUGAAGACUAUCACACCAGGCUAUCAUGAAAUGAAGCAUUCGAACCCACAAGUACGUUUCGGGGCGUUAGCUUAUGGAUUCAAUGAAGAAAACAGUUACGCUUUCCCGCUUGGAUUUACGUACACAAAACAAGUAAACGUUGGACCCUGGAGUUCUUGGACCAAUUGUGCUGUCAAAUACACAGGCUUACAAUCCCGGACACGAUUUUGUGAAAACGAGACAAAACUGCUUAAUGGUGAAAUCUGCAGUGGAAUGGAAGUAGAAGAAAGACAAUGCUACGCUCGUACAUGUCCAGUGGAUGGAAACUUCAAUGAUUGGUCCGUUUGGUCAUCCUGCUCACAUACAUGUGGACCCGGACAUAAAGUCAGGAGGCGGUACUGUAAUAAUCCUGAACCUCUACAUGGAGGAGCAGAAUGUAUGGGCGAAACUACGGAAACACAGUCGUGUAAAGAGCAAAGUUGUCCUGUCGUACCUUAUGGAUAUGAAUGUGACCGUGUACAAGACAAAUGUAAUGGUAGUCACGCUACAUGUGAGGAGGGGAUUUGUCGUUGUUUUCCUGGCUAUUACUUUAAUGGUGACAGAUGCAUGUCUAAAGAAGACCUCUGUGGCGUACAAAGGCUGGAUAACGUCAUUAUUAUCGUCGGAGUCAUCAUGGCUGUGAUUAUUGUUGUUCUGGCAGCAUACGCCGUGUAUGUCACCAUAUUGUUGAGAAGAAAAACUCCUGACAAAGGUGUAUCAAGUCAUCAAAGAGAAGAGAAUCUAAAUGAAGCAAAGAAGGGUUUUGACUCGAACACUGCAGUUGCGGUGGAUAGAUCUGAUGCAAAGGGAACCGUUGCAGCUGCAACUGAACAGCAAUAUUCGAGCUUGUACAGUGACCUGAAAGAUAAAAGUGAAGCGUAUGACGUUAUCGUUAAAAACUAGAGAUUGCAAUGUACUGACGUAAAUGUCCAUUUCGUUUCAUCUUUCUGCUAUUUAUGAAAUUACCAAAGCAAACAUAUGACAUGAUAAGAAAUGGUGAAUAUCGAUAGUAAAAGCCCUCAGACGGUCAUUGUUUUUGUUCAAAGCCAUUGACUAACUAUAUACCAGUGUGUUUCUUUUCCCAACUUUAUUUUAAUCUCAUUAUGGAAAUUCUGUGAAGUAACAAAACGAGAGACAUAACAAUUAAUUUCUUCAGUUUGUAUAUAUAACUGUUUAAGAUUCAGUUGGUAGUUCUGUUGUUUCUCUUAAAAAUAAGAAGGACAUCCUUUUUAUCUGUAUAGAUCAAGUCAUUGCGACUCUAUAUGCUCUACGGUGAUAGUUUCUUCCAAACGUAACAGAAGUUUGUUUAUUUUACUUUGAUAUUAGACUUAGCUAUAG